AGGAGGAUCCAGGAGGAGGGAAGGGGUUCAGGACCUUCUUCCAAUAGAAUCCAGGAGGAUCCAGAGGGAGGGAAGGGAUUCAGGACCUUCUUCCAGGAGGAUCUAGGGGGAGGGAAGGGGAACAAGACCUUCUUCCAGGAGUUUUCCAGGAGGAUCCAGAGGGAGGGAAGGGGUCCAGGCCCCUCUGGAGUUGUUUCCUGCUGGACUUCUAAUCCAGAGGUUCCGGGUUCGAGUCCCGGCAGAGAUGAUCUCCAGGCAGGUGUCCCUUUUCUUUUACUGCCCAUUCCCUCGGAAUUCCCAAAAGGUUCCAAUCCUGGGGAAAAAACGAGGGAUUUUUGGGUCACGGCUGAUGCUCGGGAGGGUUUUGUGCUUCCCCUUUUCCAGGAGAAACCAGGUGGAAGGAAUUGGUUCAGGACAUUUUUCCAGGAGGAUCCAGAGGAGGGAAGGGGUCCAGGACCAUCUCCCAGGGGGUUUCCAGGAGGAUCCAGAGGGAGGGAAGGGGUCCAGGACCUUUUUCCAGGAGUUUUCCAGGAGGAUCCAGAGGGAGGGAAGGGGUCCAGGAGCUUCUUCCAGGAGUUUUCCGGGAGGGUCCCAACAGGGACGGUCGGGGGGGAAAAUGGGACCCCCGGAGCAGCUCCAGGAGGGGCAGAGUGGGAAAUUCCUGGAAAAUCCAGGGGAUCACAGGGUCUGGAGCAGCCACAGGGUCUGGAAUAGGGUCUGGAACAUCCACAGGGUCUGGAACUGGAUCUGGAGAAUCCACAGGGUCUGGAAUAUCCAGAGGAUCUGGAACAGGGUCUGGAACACCCACAGGAUCUGGAAUAGGGUCUGGGACAUCCACAGGGUCUGGAAUGGGGUCUGGAACAUCCACAGGCUCUGGAAUAGGGUCUGGAGCAUCCACAGGCUCUGGAAUAGGGUCUGGAGCAUCCACAGGAUCUGGAGCAUCCAUAGGGUCUGGAACUGGAUCUGGAGAAUCCACAGGGUCUGGAAUAUCCACAGGGUCUGGAACAUCCACAGGGUCUGGAGCAUCCACAGGCUCUGGAAGAUCCACAGGCUCUGGAAUAGGGUCUGGAACAUCCACAGGGUCUGGAAUAUCCACAGGGUCUGGAACAGGGUUUGGAGCAUCCACAGGGUCUGGAAUAUCCACAGGCUCUGGAACAGGGUCUGGAACAUCCACAGGCUCUGGAAUAUCCACAGGCUUUGGAAUAGGCUCUGGAGCAUCCAGAGGGUCUGGAAUAUGAUCUGGAGCAUCCACAGGCUCUGGAACAGGCUCUGGAACAUCCACAGGCUCUGGAACAUCCCCAGACUCUGGAGCCUCCCCAAGUUUUUUGGGAAUCGCCCCCCUGCU